CCUGGCGCUCAGCCCGGGGUGUCCGAGCAGCCCGCUGUCUGGCAGGCAGCCGGGGACCUGCGCUGCGGGGCCGGCAUCCUCCCGUCCCGCCGUGUCUCCUCCCAGCUCCCCCACAAGGGGUGGCGGCUGGUGGGCUAUAUAAAGGCAGGGGAACCUCAGCCAGCUCAAAAGAAACUCCUGGAGCUACUAGUGUUCUCCCUCCCUCCCUCCCUUCACGUGAUUCAGCUUCCCCACACCAGGGAAGCCGAGGACAAGUCAUACUGUGCGAGAUGGCUGCCGGCAGCCGCCUCCUCCUGCUGCUGCUGCUGCCCUGCCUGGCCACGGCCUCGCGCAGCCCACCCGGCUGCAGGAUCCGGAUUACCUCCAAGGGGCUGGACCUGGUGAAGCAGGAGGGGCUGCGCUUCGUGGAGCAGGAGCUGGAGAACAUCACGGUGUCAGACCUGCACGGGAAGGAGGGGCAGUUCCACUACAACAUCAGCCAGGUGAAGGUGGUGGACCUGCAGCUGCCCUUCUCCGACCUGCACUUCCAGCCGCAGCAGCACCUCGCCUUCAACAUCAACAACGCCUCCAUCAGCCUGCGCUUCCGCCGCCAGCUGCUCUACUGGUUCUUUUACGACAUCGGGUCCAUCAAUGCUUCAGCCGAUGGCGUCCACAUCCACACAGUGCUGCAGCUGGCCAAGGAUGAGGUCGGGCGCCUCAAGAUCUCCAACAUCACGUGCAAUGCCUCCAUUGCCAGAAUGCACGCGGGCUUCUCUGGCACGCUCAGGAAGGUCUACGAGUUCCUGAGCACCUUCAUUGUCACAGGGAUGCGCUUCCUCGUCAGCCAGCAGAUCUGCCCGUCCCUGGAGCACGCCAGCCUGGUGCUGCUGAACUCCCUGCUGGACACGGUGCCAGUGAGGAACUACGUGGAUGACCACAUUGGGAUCGACUACUCCCUGCUGCGGGAUCCGUCCGUCUCCCCGGACACCCUUGACCUAGACUUCAAGGGCAUGUUCUUCUACCGUGCGAGGGAGAGCCAGGAACUGGAGAACCACGCGGUGGAGCCGGUGAUCAAGGAGACCGAGCGCAUGGUCUACGUCGCCUUCUCCGAGUACUUCUUCGACUCGGCCAUGCACGCGUACUUCCAGGCGGGCGUGCUGGCCAUAGAGCUCGAGGGGGAGAAGGUGCCCAAGGACCUGGAGGUUUUGCUGAGAGCCACCUUCUUUGGGACCAUCUUCAUGCUGAGCCCUGCCGUGGUGGAUGCACCCCUGCGCCUGGUGCUUCAGGUGUCGGCUCCCCCCCGCUGCGUGAUCAAACCCUCGGGCACCUCCGUCUCCGUCUCUGCCUUCCUCAACAUCUCGCUGGUGCCCGCGGGCCGCCCUGCCGUGCAGCUCUCCAGCAUGGCCAUGGAAACGAAGCUGAGCGCCAAGGUGUUCCUGCAGGGGAAGGCGCUGCGCGUGCACCUGGACCUGCGGCGGUUUCGCAUCUACUCCAAGCAGUCAGCUCUGGAGUCGCUGGCGCUGUUCUCACUGCAGGCCCCACUGAAAACCCUGCUGCAGCUGACCAUCAUGCCCAUCAUUAAUGAGAGAACAAGGAAGGGGGUGCAGAUCCCGCUGCCGGAAGGCAUGGACUUCACCAAGGAGGUGGUCACCAACCACGCGGGGUUCCUCACGGUGGGAGCUGAUCUCCACUUCCAGAAGGGGCUGCGGGAAGUGAUUGAGAAAUACCAUGCCAUCCCCGCGACCCCCGCCGCCCCCACCUCACCGCCCGCAGCGCCCAGCGCAGAUCCCCACCAGCUGUAGCCCCCCGCUCGCUCCUUCACCCCGGACAGAGGGCAGAUCCCGGGCUGGACCCGUAGACUGUAGGUAGGAAGCAGCAUCCCCAGCACCACUAGAACAUCCCGCAGGGCAUCUGUGCCCUGCUGGGUGGCAGCAAGGCGGAGACAGCUGCUCUGGGAACCCCUGCUGCACCCGUGUCAUUACACUAAUAAACCACUCAACGCCAA